UUCUCUUGGGGCGCUCUUCCCCUUGGCCGACCGUCUUAUCCCGCGCAACUUUGGGACAACGGCCGUUUGGUGUUGAAUGUUCUCCUCCGGGAGCGCAUGGCUGGGGAAGCGAGGUGCGGGCCGGGUCCCCAAGGCGCAGUCGCCCGGGAGGCGGUGCUGCUGCUGCUGUGCCUGGCCGUCCCGACAGGGCGCCCCUACAACGUGGACACCGAGAGCGCGCUGCUCUACCAGGGCCCCCCCGACACCCUGUUCGGUUAUUCGGUGGUGCUGCACAGCCACGGGGCGAACCGAUGGCUCUUAGUGGGGGCGCCCACCGCCAGCUGGCUCGCCAACGCUUCAGUGGUCAAUCCUGGCGCGAUUUACAGAUGCAAGAUCGGCGAGAAUCCGGACCUGACGUGCGAACAGCUCCAGCUGGGUAGCCCUACAGGAGAACCUUGUGGAAAGACUUGUCUGGAAGAAAGAGACAAUCAGUGGUUGGGGGUCACACUUUCCAGACAGCCAGGAGAAAAUGGAUCCAUCGUGGCUUGUGGGCAUAGAUGGAAAAAUAUAUUUUAUAUGAAGAAUGAAAAUAAGCUCCCCACGGGUGUUUGCUAUGGAAUGCCCUCUGAUUUACGAACAGAACUGAGCAAAAGAAUAGCUCCAUGUUAUCAAGAUUAUGUGAGAAAAUUUGGAGAAAAUUUUGCAUCAUGUCAAGCUGGAAUAUCUAGUUUUUACACUGAGGAUUUAAUUGUGAUGGGAGCCCCAGGAUCAUCUUAUUGGACUGGAUCUCUUUUUGUCUACAAUAUAACUACAAAUAAAUACAAGGCUUUUUUAGACAAAAGUAAUCAAGUAAAAUUUGGAAGUUAUUUAGGCUACUCAGUUGGAGCAGGUCAUUUUCGGAGUCCUCAUACUACUGAAGUAGUGGGAGGAGCCCCUCAACAUGAACAGAUUGGUAAAGCGUACAUAUUCAGCAUCGAUGCCAGAGAACUGAACAUCUUACAUGAAGUGAAAGGUAAAAAGCUUGGCUCCUACUUUGGAGCUUCUGUCUGUGCCGUGGACCUCAACGCAGAUGGCUUCUCAGAUCUCCUCGUGGGAGCUCCCAUGCAGAGCGUCAUCAGGGAGGAAGGCAGAGUGUUUGUGUACAUCAACUCUGGCUCGGGAGCAGUAAUGAAUGAAAUGGAAACAGAGCUCCUUGGAAGUGACAAAUAUGCUGCAAGAUUUGGGGAAUCUAUUGUUAAUCUUGGUGACAUUGAUAAUGAUGGCUUUGAAGAUGUUGCUAUUGGAGCUCCGCAAGAAGAUGACUUGAGAGGUGCUAUUUAUAUUUACAAUGGCCGAGCAGAUGGGGUCUCGCCAACGUUCUCACAGAGAAUUGAAGGACUUCAAAUCAGCCAAUCAUUAAGUAUGUUUGGACAGUCUAUAUCUGGACAAAUUGACGCAGAUAAUAAUGGAUAUGUAGAUGUGGCCGUUGGUGCUUUCCGGUCCGAUUCUGCUGUGUUGCUGAGGACAAGACCCGUAGUGAUCGUUGAAGCUUCUUUAAAGCAUCCUGAGUCAGUAAAUAGAACAAAUUUUGACUGUGUUGAAAAUGGAUUGCCUUCUGUGUGCAUGGAUCUAACACUGUGUUUCUCAUACAAGGGCAAAGAGGUUCCAGGUUAUAUUGUUUUGUUCUAUAACAUGAGUCUGGAUGUGCACCGGAAGAUAGAAUCCCCAUCAAGAUUUUACUUUUCUUCUAAUGGAACAUCCGAUGUGAUGACAAGCAGCAUAAAAGUGUCAAGCAAAGCAGUUAACUGUAGAACACAUCAAGCAUUUAUGCGGAAAGAUGUGCGGGACAUCCUCACCCCAAUUCAGAUUGAAGCUGCUUACCAUCUUGGGCAUCAUGUCAUCAGUAAACGAAGUACAGAGGAAUUCCCACCACUUCAACCAAUUCUUCAGCAGAAGAAAGAAAAAGACAUCAUUGAAAAAACAAUACAUUUUGCAAGAUUUUGUGCCCAUGAAAAUUGUUCUGCUGAUUUACAGGUUUCUGCGAGAAUUGGAUUUUUUAAGCCACAUGAAAAUAAGACCUAUCUUGCUGUUGGAAGUAUGAAGACAUUGAUGUUGAAUGUGUCCUUGUUUAAUGCUGGAGAUGAUGCGUAUGAAACAACCCUGCACAUCAGACUCCCCUCCGGUCUUUACUUCAUUAAGAUUUUGGAUCUGGAAGAGAAACAAAUAAACUGUGAAGUCACAGACAGCGCUGGCUUAGUAAAACUUGACUGCAGUGUCGGUUAUAUAUACAUAGAUCACCUAUCAAGGAUAGAUAUUAGCUUUCUCCUGGAUGUGAGCUCACUCGGCAGAGCAGAGGAGGAUCUCAACAUCACAGUGCAUGCCACCUGUGCAAAUGAAGGGGAAAUGGACAAUCUGAAGCGUAACAAAGUGACUGUAGCAAUACCUCUCAAGUAUGAAGUCAUGCUAACUGUUCAUGGAUUUGUAAACCCAACGUCAUUUGUGUAUGGAUCAAAGGAAGAAAAUGAGCCUGACACGUGCAUGGCAGAGAAAAUGAACUUCACUUUUCACGUUAUCAACAUUGGCCAUAGCAUGGCUCCAAAUGUUAGUAUGGAAAUAAUGGUACCCAAUUCUUUUAUCUCCCAAACCGAAAAGCUCUUCAACGUUUUAAAUGUCCAGACGACUGCUGGAGAAUGCCACUUUAAAGAUUAUCUAAGAAAGUGUGCAUUGGAGCAGGAGAAAGGUCCAAUGGAGACCCUGAAAGACAUCUUCAGAUUCUUGUCAAAGACUGAUAAGAAGCUGUUGUUCUGCAUAAAAACCGAUCCAUACUGUUUAAAUUUUUUAUGUAAUUUUGGGAAUAUGGAAAGUGGAAAAGAAGCCAGUGUUCACAUGCAGUUGGAAGGCCGCCCAUCUCUUUCAGAAAUGGAUGAGACUUCAGCACUUAUGUUUGAAAUAAGAGCAACAGCUUUACCAGAGCCUAAUCCAAAAGUUAUUGAACUAAACAAGGAUGAAAAUAUUGCACAUGUUUUCCUUGAAGGACUACAUCAUCAGAGACCCAAACGUCAUUUCACAAUAGUGAUUAUUUUAAGUAGCUUGCUACUUGGACUUCUUGUACUUUUAUUGAUUUCAUAUGGGAUGUGGAAGGUUGGCUUCUUUAAAAGACAGUACAAAUCUAUCCUCCAAGAAGAAAACAGAAGAGACAGUUGGAGUUACGUUAACAGCAAAAGCAAUGAUGAUGAUCAGUAACGUCUUUCCAAUUGCGAGGACAACGGACUCAGGUUAAUGAAAUUUGAGACAUUGUUUACAGCCCUGACUUCUCAGAUUUUUUUCUAUAUACUUCUUUUACUCGUGACCUUGUGACAUACUGGGUCUCCAUACAAAUGAAAAAUCCAUGCAAUGAUUUAUCUUCGAGACGAAAAUAACUGCAAAGGGAAUAUUUAAGCUCUUAAAUGGAUAGGAAAACACUAAAGCAUUCAAUUUAUUAAAGGUAAGUAAUCUCUCAAAGAUACUGAGAAUCUGAGAAAAAUACGUCUGAAUUCAGUCAUAUUGAGGAAGUAAACAACUCAUUUGGAGAAGUCUUGGACUUGAAAUAUCAUUCCUUUAAAAGAAAUUAUUUUACUGAGGCACACACAUAUGGUAAAUAAAUUCCGUAUCUUGGUAAUGAUUGAUUUCUAAUAGAUCUUUGGGACUUGUUUGAAAGAUCCAGCUAAGUAUCUUCUCAGAACAGAUUUCCAAGAGCUGUUCCAAAAUGUUUGAAUGAAUAAAAGAAGACCACUAUGCUUUAAAGUGGAUUUUAUCUUUAAAGACCUUUAUUUGUAAUACCUUCAUGAUGGGCUCUGAACAACCAUUUAUUCCGCAGACUACAGGCCUGAUGAGCAAACUUCAGAAUGAACUUUUACACUGGUUUGGGCUUAAUAAUAAGACCUCUGGAUAAUUGUUUAUACAGCUGUGGAUUUUUUCUUUCUGUAUAUAUACAUACAUUUUUAAAAGAAUAUAUGUUUAUAAAAGUAUAAAUCUGCUAGUCCUCUGAGAACACAUUUUAUUAAGGGUGCCCAGGAGUAAAUUUCUAAAAUCCAUUCUUAGUGAAUUUUUUUUUUUUGCUUAUGAAAAUAACAGUACCUAAAAAUUCUAAUUUAUAUUCUGAAACAGAUUGUGAAUGUUGCACUUUAGCUGAUAUUUCAAAUAUUAAUACACUGAUAUAUGUAAAAUAUGGAAACUGUACCUCACUAAUGACUCUUAAAAAUCAAAACUCUACAAAAAGCCUGAUUAGAGGCCAGUAUUUCAUACAAAUUAGAUACUGUGUAAAAUAUUAUCAAAUUAAGCAAAUGCGCCUCCAUGUUUAGAUGUUACUUUCUCUUCAAAUAGAUGCAUUAAUUGUGUUUUUAUCAGGUCUAUAAGAGCAUUCUCUUCUGCAUGGAACUAGAGAAACAAAACUUAGAAAUUUACCGAUUUAGCUUGUUUUCAGUGAGUAUAAUGUGACAUGAAGAUGUCCGUAAUAGAGGUUUUAGUGGUAAGUGGAAUACUGCCAUUUCCUUUGUAGAUACUAUCCUUUUUUGUAAUAGACAUGCGUAUGAACUAGAUGCUGAUAGCUGCAGAGUAUAAUUUCAACUGUAUUUAUUUAUUCUCUCUUUCUAAUCUCUCUAUAAGGAAGCUGUGGCCAAAUUUUGAAAAUCUGUUAUUGGAAGUGAUCAGUUAGACUUGCCUCUAAUUUAUCUAUUAGGGACAAGAUCUCUUUAGCUGAAGCCCCUGCCACCAGCUGUCUUUCUCAGACAGCUGAAAUUCCUAGAAGUUAUCCAUUCACAAGCCCUCCAUCUGUAAUUGCUGGCCCCAGAACAA